CUUUCACCCAAAACAUCUUCGAAGGCUACAUUUUGGUCACCUAAGCAAACCUUCAAUUAAUCAGUAAUAUUACCUCAGCCUUGCCUUAGCGUUCCGUGUUUUAAUAACAGGUGGAUUUCCAAGCUAUUUUUACCCAGGACAAAAGUCAGUCUCCUCAAUGGACCAGGACUAUGAGCGGCGGCUGUUGCGGCAGAUCAACAUACAGAAUAUAAACUGCAGUCCCAUUAAAUCAACAGAAGUGGUCCGCAACCUGACACCUACAAGCUCCCCGCUAUCAUCCCCUAGCAAACAUGGAGACAGAUUUAUCCCAUCCCGAGCUGGAGCCAACUGGAGCAUCAACUUCCACAGAAUAAACGAGAAUGAGCGGUCACCUAGCCAGAACAGAAAAACAAAAGAUGCCACUACAGACAACAGUAAAGCGGACGGCCUGGCCUACUCGGCCCUGCUGAAGAACGAGUUGCUGGGGGCAGGCAUCGAGAAGGUCCAGGACCCUCAGAGCGAGGACCAGCGCCUGCGACCUUCUACCCCGGAGAGGAGGCGACUAUUUAACUACUCUCUCAGUGCCAAGCGCUCCUCCCCCGAUGACAACAACACUCUGUCCCCUUACUCCCUGUCACCUGUCAGCAGCAAAAGUCAGAAGCUAUUACGGUCUCCACGAAAGCCCACCCGUAAAAUCUCUAAGAUUCCUUUUAAGGUGCUUGAUGCACCGGAACUACAAGACGACUUCUACCUCAACCUAGUGGACUGGUCCUCCCUAAAUGUGCUCAGUGUGGGCCUGGGGACCUGUGUAUAUCUGUGGAGUGCGUGCACCAGUCAGGUAACACGUCUGUGUGACCUGUCAGUAGAGGGCGACUCUGUCACAUCCGUGGGCUGGUCGGAACGAGGCAAUCUGGUGGCAGUGGGAACACAUAAAGGCUUUGUACAAAUAUGGGACGCAUCUGCAGGCAAGAAACUGUUUGCGCUUGAGGGCCACACAGCGAGAGUGGGUGCUUUGGCGUGGAACGCUGACCAGCUCUCGUCAGGCAGCCGUGACCGCAUGAUCCUGCAGCGGGACGUGCGCACGCCCCCCCAGCAGUCAGAGCGGCGGCUCCAGGGACACCGGCAGGAGGUCUGCGGCCUCAAGUGGAGCACCGACCACCAGCUGCUCGCCUCCGGGGGCAACGACAAUAAGCUACUGGUGUGGAACCACUCUAGUGUGGUGCCCGUGCAGCAGUACACGGAACAUCUGGCUGCGGUCAAGGCCAUCGCCUGGUCGCCCCACCAGCACGGGUUGCUGGCAUCGGGCGGCGGCACGGCCGACCGCAGCAUCCGCUUCUGGAACACGCUUACAGGGCAGCCCCUGCAGUCCAUCGACACAGGCUCACAAGUCUGCAACCUGGCCUGGUCCAAGCACGCUAAUGAGCUGGUAAGCACACAUGGAUACUCACAAAACCAGAUCCUGGUGUGGAAAUACCCAUCCCUUACUCAGGUGGCCAAACUCACUGGACACUCGUACCGAGUCCUCUACCUGGCCAUGUCGCCAGAUGGAGAGGCCAUCGUCACAGGAGCCGGAGAUGAGACCCUGCGCUUCUGGAAUGUCUUCAGUAAAACGCGCUCGACCAAGGAGUCGGUGUCUGUCUUGAACCUCUUCACCAGAGUACGAUGACCCCUGUAGAGUGAAAUACUAAAAUCAUGUUGAGGGAUAUGACCUCUUUUAUAGGUGGAGGAAGAAGGCAAAGGUGUUAAGAGAGGGGACUGUCGAUUGAUGUUUACAGAAUUUUAUAGACCUCCAUCAGGACUGCCUUGUAUACAUUCAGGAUUAAUUUCAAAAGCUUACUUGAUUUGGUGUAUUUUGUGUUUGUUUUUUGUGUUUUGUUUGCAAUUAAUGCACAUUUUAUAACAUUUUGUGUUUUUUAAGUUGCUAAAUAUCCUAAAUGUACAAUACUGUAUAAGCAUCAAGAAAUGUAAGUGUCCUAAAUCUUUACAAUUUAAAGAUAGAUGUCCUUUA